UCUUUUCUUCCUUUUUCUCUUUUGGUCUUCGCAGUGAAAAAUGUGGUUUGAAUGAGACUUCACACGUCGACACGAAACGGAGACGACAAGACAAGCCUGGCGAUGUGUGAAUUCAUGUGACUUUUUGAAAGACAAAUUGAGUUUCGACCCUCCGGCCAGCAGGCUGUUCGCUCGGGACGGGCUCGAACAUGCUAUAUUAUAUCGUUUCCAUGUCGUGUCUCACCAUCAGACUUUUCCCCCUUCCCCUCCAUGUCCCGCCUCUUCCAGCCGCAACGCCUCCGUCCCCGGCCAUUGGGCCAGACGAGCCUCUGCUGCCUGAAGCCAAGACAGCCACGAAGCCACACCAGGCCGACGCACUUCACAUGGCAUCGUGCUCAGAGCGCCCGUCGCCGGGCCAGGUAGAAUCAAUUCGGCGUGCAAAAGUAAACGCGCCAAGUCCGAUGAUUGUUCUUGUAGGGUAGUGGAGGAGGACGAUGCCCCCCUCCACCGCCGACGUGCGAACACAGCGCUCGUCUCAUUGAUAUCUUCAAGCCAUCGCCG